AUGGAACUCAUCGACGUGCAAAAUCCCCGUCUUCUAACAAACCUCGAAGUCUUAAAAGUAAUCAAGGAGUCCAGGAAGAAGGUCAGACGCCAGCAGACACUUAUGUUCACAUGUGGGAAGUAUCUAAACUGUAAAACACCUUGCAGCAAGCAGUCAGAAGCUGAAGUACAGGCGUUCGCAAAUGAAAUCAAAGACUUUAAUUUGACAAAGUCUGAAAUUUUGAUGCUUAUCAACCAUUGUCCUAGUAGCCAAGUGGAGUUAUCAGUGAUAAUCAGUGAUCUGGAUUCGCGAUUCUCCAAUAGACAAGCAGAUAAUAUUUUACAGUUAGUACAGAAACAUUUUCCUGACGGUAUUGCUGCAAGUCAGUCGAUCAACACCACAGGCACGCUAGAGGUAUCCGAAGAAACUACGUAAUAUGUAUCUGCUGGUUAUUAUCCUUGUACAUUUUCCCCAACAAAGUAUGAAAUAAAGACUUUUCUAAAACCUCUACUGUUGGUUAUAGUGGCAUGUUGCUAUGGUGCUGGACUGUUUCUCACUACAAAGUUUUCGUAGACCUCUAACUUACUCCUUUGUUUUUCAAGAUAAGUAUAAUCUUGCUCAUCCCAGAUAUAAACGUCCUGUUUGCUAGUGAAUCUGAGUAGAGCUUGGGAACAACAAACAUAAGGAAACCAGGUAGGAUCCAGAUCCUAGGCGUAUCGACUAGAUAUUCACCCGAAACACAGGUAGGUGUACUGACGCCCGAUAUUGACUGCAUUUCUCGACCCAAAAGUGGAAUUGGACCCUAUCGACCAGGGUCUUAUAGCACUGUUUCUCACUGAAAGGCGUAUCGAGUAAGUUUAUCACUCUUUUGGGCGUGUCUAUGGUGAGUGUUAUCCAUCAAGGAUGUCAAUCCUCUCCAUUUAUAUCUAACUUAUGGAGAUAUUUCCCUCGUCAGUUGACUUCAUAGAGAUGGAUCUUAUCACAGGAGAAUCCUUGGUAGAUCUAGAUUACGCAGAUGACAUGUUCUUGUUCGACGAGGACGUCGACAAAAUGUAGUUUUCUGGACACCUUGAGUUACAAUUUGAAGAGUGCUCGUUUGACAUCUGCCAACUUGCGUCACUGCCGGCGAGAUAUCCAAUUAUCUAUCAGAAAACGAGUAAACUGCAUUGUAGUCCCUUCCGUCUUAUUGUAUGGCUGAGACAUGGUCAUUAAAGUAGACGAUGUCAAAUGAUUAGUGGGUUUGAUAACGCAUCUUCCUAGCAUUGUUCGCGUUUGGUGGAAUCACCGUAUGGGCGAUCUGGAAGUCAGGGGAAGAGUAUUAGACAAGACAGUCAAGUCAGUUGAUAAGGUUGUGAACCUCAGUCAACGGAGAUGGCUUAGAUGCGUACAGUGUAUGCCGAGCCACCGCCUGUCGGGACGUGCCAUGUUGGGGGUAGUUGGAUGAGUUUGGGAGAGGAAUCAGUGUGGCCAGACGAAGACACAGUAUCACUCGAUGAAGUCUCUGUGUAGGGAGACACAAACUGCUUGGUUGAGGUUAUCGGGACGAAAGGAAUUAGCGGUUGAUGACUGUUGGUGAUAUAGCUGGAAAUCAGUCAAUGGUGCAGAUGUACUCACUUCUUGACCUCUUUUAAAGCUUGAGUUUUAACACUGGCCGCUAUCUUCAAUUCAAAUUGUCUAUUCUCUCAUGCUACUUUGAUAUCAGUCUUUUCCCAUCCACCUGUUCUUCGUGUACGACAGUGAAGUAUGUCAACUUGAAUUGGUGCACUUGUGUGCGAGGUUCUACGUUGAUUUUGUAAGUCAGUUGAAAUUGUUUUCCCAGGAAUUGUCCUGUUAUACCCCGGUAAAUAGUAGGGAAAGAAGUGUUUGCGCGCGUUGACCACCUCACUCACCCAGGAAGUUGAAUGAGCCCUGGUGAGUCAGCUACUUAUGAAAUCUAAGCACGGAUACAAAGAGGUCAGUUACCUUUCACCAACCCACGCCAUUUAUGGCACCGCUGUGUACUGCACUUCGCUCUGUUCUGUUGUAUGGCAGUGAAACGAGGCCACUAAAGGUAAACAGAACAUGAUGUGGAUCUUGGUGUUGAACCACCGUUGACCUUGCACCACAGACUGUGCUUUGGUACUACCAAAUCAGUAAUGUAGAAGUCAUGUGUAAAGUCUUAGGCAGUAGGGGAAAGUCGGCUGAAGUUGUGAGCCCUCAUCGACUGAGGUAUGUAUUACGCUUGCGUAGUUACCGUCUGUUUCGUCCCGUAAUUUUAGUUGAAGUAGGUUUAGACUGGGAAAAGGCUCAAGGUGGCUAGACUAAAGCAUAGGAUCAAUUAUUGGAGCCUUUGAAUAUUGGUCUGAACCACGUAGACUUCCUGGCCGGGGUCUGCAAGACAAUAGAAACCAGUGUUUGGAGACUCUAGGCACUACGGCUCAUAAUCGAUGUCAGUAGCGCAAAUGUAUCCACACAUCCUCAUUCUAAUUGUCAUGUUGAAUUCGGUAUUCUCUUAUUUUUUCUUCCUCUCAUUUACUUGUUUUUGACCUCGGUGCUUUCUCGCUUGAUGCAUUUUCUUUGGUAUGACAGACAGUAAGGCAGUCUUACAUACAUUUUUGAGAAGUCACUGGUGGUUCGGUAAAGUAUUCUCUUAUUCUUAAUCAACUGUAUAAUUUCUACUCAUAUUACUUUGAGUUUCAUGUACGUAAGCAAUAGCUUUACUGGAUUAAUUGAUACAAUGUAAAUAGUCUUCUUGUUUAUUGCUUAAUUUGAAGGAUAAUCACGAGUUGAAUGCAGUCAUUUAGUCGAUUACUUGCUUCUGAUGCAUGUUAAUCACUCUGUCCAAUCACCCUAUGUCAUAUUCUCAUUCGUCAUUCUAUGAGUUUUUCACCGGUCAGAUUUAAGAUGAUACUUCAGAACAGGUCUGCAACCACUCGUAGCUUAAGGAUAGGGAAAUGAAGUGGUAGAAUGCAUCAACCGCUUCACUUACCUGAGGAGUUGCACCAGCCCAGAUGGGGAGGUUGCUGAUGAAAUCUCAGCUCGGAUGCAAAAAACCCGUCUGGUAUCUGCCAACUUGCGUUAUCUGUGGUGCCGACUAGCGAAAUAUCUGAUUACCAAAAGACGAGUAUACUGCACUACAGUCCGUACUGUCCUGUUAUACGGCUGCGAGACAUAGCCACUGAAAGUAGAUAUGGAGAGACUACCAGUUUUUGACCACAGGUGUCUUCGCACUACUACUCAAGUAAGGUGGAAUCGUCGUGUCAAAAAUGUCAAAAUUAGGUGUAGGAUACUAGGUAGGAAAGGCAAGUCGGUCGAUAAGGUUUUGAACAUUCAGCAGCUGAGAUGACAGACAUAUGUUGCGCGUGCCCAGUCACUGCUAGUGGCACACUAUUAACCCUGCUAACAGUUUUCGAAGCAUUUAAGUAAACCAGGUAAGUCUGACGGGGGAUUAUUAAGGCAAAAUCCAGGAAUUAGUAGAUUGUUAAAGUAGAGACCUUCGCCAGUCUCAGCUCCUCUAUGUAAUCCGUUGGAUGACAGACGUUUUGGAGUCAGCGACACAUUAACCGACAAACGAAGAUCAGUGGAAAGACAAUUUAAUACCGGUGACAUCCGAUCUGUUUUCCACAGUAAUACCAUGAAUAUUACGAGAGUUAUACGCAGCUCACACGAGUCUUGUUUAGACCAGUCAAUAACAAUAUUGCUUUUAGAAGAAUAAAGAAAGUCACGCAAAAGAAACAAAAAAGACGAAGAGAAAACAAAGCACUUCGAGGCUUACCGGCUUCAGUAAGUAGUGAAUUGGAGUGCAUCCCUAUAUAAACGGCAUAGUGUUUCCCUUCAGAAAGAUAAGAAUGAAGUCGCUUUGUGACUUGAGACUCAGCAUUCGCGAUGCCAAGCUUAUUUAACAAGAUUGGUUUACAAAUGGAUUCAAGUCCAGGUGUGUACUCCGAAAAGAUACAACUCGAAAUACCUACCACUCUUGUCCAAAUUGGGAACAACAUUAUGAUACAAGACAACGGUAGGAUGCAAAGUAGUUCUACUUUGUUUAAAAGGAAGUUACUUAGGACCUCUAAAAGUGGAAGGCAAAAAGAAGGAGUUCCUCUACUGUUCUUCGAAGUGGGAGGGGUUAUAACAACAGAUCUUAACUCUAGGUAUGAUCCAGAAGAUGAUCUAGGUACAAGCAUAAUUUUAGUGCGUUGGAAGCGAGACAACGCAAACAUCGGACCCAAGAAACCAUCAUUCACUAUUUAUAAAACAUGAAGCUCUAGGCUUAUUUAUCUCGAAUCCCUCAACUGGAAUUAUCGAUGAAACAAGAGUAGCUUUCACUUAGCUGACUUCCGCAUCCUGAAGUAGUGUACAACCGGGUUUCUGGCCAGGUACUCUACCAACGAAGGUACGAAACCCGACUAUUGACCAGAUUUUUAUUUCACUUCAAAACAAAUAAAUGAAACAGAAAAGUAUGUUGACAACUUUGUCUGUACCCCCAUCUUAUUUUGUAGCUUUUUGAGGGGAACGACAUUAAUUUGUCCGAAGUUCCUGUGACACAAUGAGUCAACUCGCACUUGUAGACAUCCUGGAACUCGAUAUGACAUGGUCGCCCUUUCCUAAUGGAUUGAAGACCCCAAGAGGCUCUGGUUUGUGAGAAUCCUAUUCAGGCUAGGAGUUCGGUUGUUUUACAAUGAUGGUAAUAAGAGCUUUUUCUGAAGAGAGAGAGAGUUUUUAGCAUUUCAAGUCGCAUCAGUUGGACAGAAACGGUGAAUGCAAAUAAAAAAUAUUUGGAUAAAAAUGAAGAUAUCCCUCCCAUUUACAAACGUUUCAGAAAGGCAGGGUUAAGUUCAUGAUGUAUAAAUAAAAAGUGUUUAGCAAACUUUAUCCCGAAUAGAGUCUAGAAUAAAGUGGUUUUUAUCAUAUUGUUGAGUGAGGAAGUCGAAAAAGACAAACAAUUAAUUACCACUAAUUAGUUCUCCUUUAAUUCCAAUUUAGUUCUUUUAUCAUGUAUAACACACAUCGAAAAAGUACGAUUCUUUGGACGACGUUUCAAAUACAACCUACAGUCCAUAUUCAUAUCAAGGUAACUUCACAACUUUGGGACACGGCUUUUAUAGUUGCAAUUUCCUCUCGUCUAUUGUGAUAUGGGCGGUAGAACUAUCUGUAUAUCUGGAGCAGGCACAUAAUUAUUAUUACCGAAUCAAUACGUUACUUUGUCUUCUGAAAUUCACUGGGACUAUGGCCAUCAAACGCCUUAAAGCUGAUUUACAUUUUCAAGGCAAAGCUAUCAACCCCUUUCGACAAUGAUAACCUGUUCUCAACUGUUAUUCGAUUAAAUCACCUCUUAUUUAGCACAAACUUGACUAUCUCCAACUAACUGGGUCCAACUCACGAUAUUUUACACAUACUGUCAAGUAGCGUGUUUAUCUGGUGACCUAUUCACGUAACCCUAUUUUUCAACUCCCUUAAUAUUUUGGUUGCUACUUCUCUUGUGCUUGUUCCGAGUAACUUUAAUUGUGUUAUACAAGCGGUUACGACAAUUCGCUACAAUUGAACAGCCUUCCUUAGAUUACGCACUGCGCUAUGAUUAUUUCUGUCUUAACUACUGACUGUUCUUUCUUCUAGUAAAUUAAAGGGUGUUAAAUCUUCAGCAAAAUAGAAUGGUAAUCUAUCAAUUUGCUCAAGUUAUACUCAUAUAAAUGGUUGAAGUGAUGUGACUAAUCAAAGAGUUUCAGUUUAUGUCUCAAGUUAAGUAAACUGUUUUAUGUUUAGUAUGUAGCCACCAAGAGAUGUACAAAACAAAUUCGUAUACCUACGUUGAUACUGAAAGGGAAAGAGAAAACGAACUAACAGAAAUGAGUUAAUCAAUAUGGAGUUUCAGAGAUAAAUCUACUACUCCUACGGAUAAUAACAAAAAACAACUAUCUUUCGUCUCACGGAGCUGUCAAACACUGGCCAUUUCCUUCAGCCAGGAGCAUGGGACAAUAUGAGAUUCUCUGGAACAAUAUUCGUAACACAUUCCCAAGAUAGGGAAACAAGUGUUUCAAGAUGACUUCACUCGAUAAAUGAUGAUCACCAAGACCCCCAAGCACACUACCUCACCUCAGUUUUACAUUACUUCCACUGUAUGUAAGCACUCCUAAGAAGAUGUUGAUCAAAAACGCGGAGUCGUCGAAGAAGCCAGGUUUGACAGAUGCAAAACAGGAUUGUCCAAGGCUGUUUCAAAUUGGCGUGUGGCCCUAGCUUUCAAUGUAUGGUUGGGGAUUUUAUCAACCGCACUUCUACCAGAACUCUUACAAGCAUCCAGGUACACUCACUUUUCGGCAACUUCAGACAAUCCAUAAGCAUACAGAGGCGCCUGUCGAUCUUGAGUAAGCACUUUACACUUCGAUGGUGCGGAGCAAACCCUUAGAGACUUCAAUUAAGUGCAACUUGAUUAACCUGUAUGUUGUUGCACAGUCAGAGUAUGUCCUUUGUGUACCUAAGGCCUGCAUCUUUCACCUAGUAGCAGGUCUAAGCCAUGAACCUCCCUUAGGUCUGUCUAGAGAAUGUAACCAAUGGCAAAAGUGGAAUGACAAUAUAGGGUAACAAUGCCUAACCUCAUAUUUAGCUUGGAAUAAUGGCUGUAUACACUCACUCUGCCUUAGGUGUUGAAGUAUAAGGCUUUCAAGAUGUUGAAAAACCUAUCAGACACCUCUCCUUAACAAAUAGCUGCAGAGGUAUGGCAGACUAACACCCAGUGGUUAUCAUAUAUACAUGCUAAGUAGACCUUUUUAAAGGGUGGAUACAACAAUGUUUUUUCCUCGGAGUGAUGGAUCACUCAGUCUAUCAAACAAAAAUACCGGUCUUUUGACUACAAUGUCCAAAGAGAUGCUGUUAAGUUUUUGUCUGUGCUGGUCACUUAAGUACUUGAUGUUCCUUACGGUCCUCCACUUUGUUAGGUGCGUCGGUGUUAAUUAGUCAUACAGCAUAAGACACUGAGGCCAAU